AUGGCGCCGCCGCCGCAGCACGACCCCCGCCGGCUCUACAAGCGCGCCGCCAUCUCUGACCAGCAGCGCCGCCGCGACUCCGCCCGGCGCGCGCCCGCAGCCUCGCCAACUCCCUACUGUCUCCCCCAUCCGCCGACCAAUCGACACCCUCCCCCGAGGCAGAGGCCCACGGCGACUAGCCCGCCGUCACCGACAUACAUCAUUGAUAUGAUUUGUUGGCGAGGCUAUUCGCUGUAUGAUUGCACCGCCGAGUUCAGGAUUUUCUGGGUGAACUACAAGCUCACCGAGAUUUCUGCUGGUGAUCCUCCGUCGACGUACCAUCGGUAUAGAUUUUGUGUCUUCCCUAUGUACGAGUCUACACUUGAGGGUCUUGAAGCAGUGUUCUCAGGAAGCACACCUUAUGCCAAGGAUGGUUUGCUGUUUUACAACAAGCAUGCGCGUUAUCAAUCUGGAAUCACGUCCCUGACACUGGUAUGGAAAGAUGUAGCUUGCAGCCAGUAUGUUCUUGAUACGGAUAGUGAGGGACACGUUCCAACAGAGCAGCAUGUUGUUCUUGAGCUGCAAGAGGAUGGAAAACUAAUUACUUCUGAUGACCCUCCAAUUGUAUUUGGUAGCUUGAACAGCGAAUUUAUACAGAAGUCAAACCUGCGUCAGGGAACCUUCUCCGCUUCAGUUUAAGAGAUAAAAGCGUGAAACUUGUUGAUGGGAUGAUGGAGAUUGGUGAGCUGCAAUUUAUCGGGAAGCUGAACGGCACUCGUACUCUUGCUGAUAGCCAUUCCAAAGUAAGUGACGGCUUCACCAUGCACUGAUUCAAAUAAUAUUGUAUUCAUCACAUGUACCUAAGCUAUUAUUUUGUGAGUCCACGUUCUGUUCCAGUAUGCUGCCAGGCAUGCUCGCCUCAGAAUCAAGAACCUCGUAGCCUCUGUUCAAUCGAACAGCAUGGAGGUUGAAUCUACAGAUGCUGAAAUGCAAGAUUAAGUCAUGCAAGUCUGAUUUUGGCGUUUGACUGGACACCAUGCUAGGAUGAAACUGUUGCAAGGGAGUCCAAGGGGUAUGCCAGCUGUGGCAUUCAGAUGGAGAGCUGCGCAAACGACGUGAUGGUCCGAGAGCUGUGGUCAUCAGAGCAGCUCUUUUCCAAACCUUAUAGAGCACCUCAAGACCUUUUUUUUCAAGGACACCGCAGGAGUUCUACAUGUCAAUAUAUUAAGAUAGAGAGAAUGUAAUUUACAAGAUUUUUGCCAGCGCCAUCAAGGCCUCUGUCCCACUGAUGAUUCCACAGACGGAGCAUCAGGGCUUAGUCCACUCUACGAACCCUAUUACAAUUAUGGUACAGUAUACUAACUCUUGCAAUUCCACAAAGAUCCGGUGUUUUCCACCCCUUUAGGUUGUUCUUCAACAUAUCCGCCACCUCCGCUGUCGUAGAUGUAGAGCUCUUGUCCUUGAAGAUGUGCUUGUUCGUCUUGCGCCAAAUUGCUCGGAAGAUGCACAGGGCUGUGCUGUUGAAGUCCUCAUUCUUGAAGGAAUUAGCGGCUGAAUCCGUUGCCCCAGGGGAGGAUCGAAUCCGUGGCUGGCGAUACGACCCCAAAUCUGUGAAACCAAAAUGUAUGAUGAGUGUGUGAAAGACGAGCUUUGGCAUGUACAGUUCUUGUAUAAAAUGGAUAUGCGAUGCAACUCGUAUUUGUGAAGUGAUGCUUGCUUG